AUGGGACGAACUCCAACGAGAAAAGCGAAGCAAAAAGAACUGGCUAUCAAAAUUGGCGAAAGAAAUGGAAAGGAAUUUAAGAAGCUGCAGGAAGAUCAUGCGAUUAUGGUGGAAAAAAUGAAAAUUGAAAAAGAAGAAUUGAAAAAUGAAAUUUUGGUCAAAUCUACUUUGAUUGAAAUUUUGGAAAAUGAUAAUAAAAAUAAAGAUAAAAUAAUCGAAGAAUUGAAAAACAAAAUUAAAAUUUUAGAAUAUGAAUUCAGAAUUGCUGAACAUUCCAAAGAUUCUUUUGGGAUCUCACUAUCUGAAAAUAAAGAAAAACUGGAAAAUUUUGAAAAUGAAAAUAAAUUAUUGAAAAGGACUUUGAAAGCAGAAGAGCAAAAAAUGAAAUCAAAAGUAUCCUCAUUGGAGCUUGAGAUUAAAAUAUUGAAAAGUGAUAAAGAUAAAUCAGAAGGAAAAUGUAAAGAAUUGAAAAAGUCAUUUCAUAAAAAUUCCGGUUUAAAUUUCAGCGGAAAAUUCGGCUAUAAACCAUAUAAUAGUUUACCAAAGAACAAAGAAAAAGAUUUGAGACACGCCUAUUAUUUUGAAAUGGCUCUUGAUAUCACAAAAGAAAUAAAUUUGAAACCAUUCUUUGGAGGAUUUAACCGAUGGUUGGCUGUAUUCCAUCCAGAAUGUUCACUGAAAUUAACGGUAAGCGAUUUUUUCCAUAUGAGAAAUCGCUUCCGUUGGACUUGGUAUGAGAUGCAAAAUUUUAAGAGAUUAUUCAAACUGUUGUUUAAUUUUGAUCCAUAUCCUUCAUUGAACAAACUUCGAGAUUUCGAGGAAUUAUUUAAUUUGAUCAAAUAUUAUUCCAUAAGAACUGAACCGAGUUUAACGAAAAAUAAAAAAACAAGUUUAGUCUGCGAAUGCACCGAUCUUCAAAGUGCCAUUGAUUAUCGAUACACUCGAAUGGCUCAAUAUGAUUGUUUAACAUUCGAAAAUCCAGAUCAACCAGCAAGAAUAACUUAUAUCGGUGAUAAAGGUGGAGGUUCCACAAAAUGGUGGAUAAUUUUCUGGGAUAUUAUUAAAUCUAAUAGUUGUAAAGGUUUGUUCUGCAUUGGGAUUUUCGAUGGAUCUGACAAACAAAAAGAAAUGACUUUUUAUUUUCCAACUUUAAUUGAUCAAAUUAAAAAAUUGAAAUUUAUAACUUAUAAAGAUAAAUUUGGCAACACAAUUAAGAGAAGAGUGGAACCAUUUGUGGCCGGUGAUUGCAUGUAUUUAUAUGCAAUCUACGGUCAUAAAGGGCCCAACGCUUCUGAAAAUUGUAUGAUUUGUUAUCAUAAAAAUGAUAAAACUAAGUUGACUGGUUUGAAUAUCGGAAACUGGAAUAUUCAUGUUAAACUUGUUAUGAGAACAAUUCAAGAUUAUAAAAAUGAUGCUGUUAAUGGCGAAAACAGCGUAAAUAAAAAUUCUACCUGUAUUUUCGAAGAAGUUGAAGUAGAUCACACAGUUCCCGCGGUAAUGCAUGUGAAAAUGGGUGUUGUUGAUCCUUUGACAAUUCAUGCUCUCAAACUCGAUGCAACCACUCCUGAAGAAUUGGAUGUUAUCGAGAAACGACUUGAAGAAUCAAGCGCCAUCGAAUUGCUCACCACAAAAAUCGGCGAUGUUCAUGAAGAAGUAAAUGAAUUUGAUGAAGACGGUGAAAUUUUAAAUGACUGUCUCAUCAUUUUGGAUAAUUCUAGACGAACUGGUGCGAAAUGUUCAUCCGAAUUAAAAUGCUCAAAAUAUUGUUAUGUACCUGAUUUAGUUAAAAUGCGUGAUGGUUACACGUCACAUGGUUCUGUCGAAUGUCCUAAAUGUCACGACAUAUUCCACAUGGAAUGUAUCGGUAUUUUGGACAAAAGAAAAAGAACCGAACUUUUAUAUGGUAUAGAGAUUUUCGAGUGUUAUAAAUGCCGGAACAUGUCAUAUGAGAAUAUUUAUGGCGAAUUAAAACAAGAUCGCGAAUUUGUUCUCAAAGAGACCAUUGAAAUUGGCAAAGUCCAAGAAACUCUUCAAAAAUCUGUUAAAAAAUUGAAAGAUUCAGAAAAAGGAAUGUAUCAGGAAAAAUUAGAAGAGUUUUUCAACGAGAUCGGUGCGCAAAGACAAGCAUAUUAUACAAAAAGUUUCAAUGGAAACCACAUGCAUUUGCUAUUGCAAGAAGAAAACGUUGAAAAACUUUUCGAAAUCUUCCCUGAUUCAAACUUUACCAGGUCUUUGAAAUAUAUAAUGUUGAGAUUAUCAAAAAUUGAAACUUAUAGUUCAGCUACGUAUCUGACAGAAUUUGAAAUCCAAGAUUUGAAGAAUAAUAUUUAUAAUAUGGUUCUCGAAAUGAAAAAAGUUUACCCGGAGAAAUCGGUGACACCUAAAUUGCACAUUAUGGUUCAGCAUUUCCCGGUUUUUGCUGAUAAAUACAAAACUUUAGGAAAAACAUCUGAACAAGGCGCGGAGGCCCAACACGCCGAAAUCAACAUAAUGAAUAGAGACCUUUCAGCAAUCAAAGAUCUAGUAAAAAAAGGUCAUGCUCUCAUGAAAAAAUUAUUUUUUAUGAAUGAAACUAGUGAUAGUGGUUUCUAUGAUAAAUAA